CACACGUGCCGCACGUGGACUGCAGGCUCUCGCCGCCGCGACGCCGAAUCUCGUCGCAAUAUCCUUGACGGGCACCGUGAUCAUGGCUGCAGAGCGCGUCGAGUCCGUUCUCGAGGAAUCGCUCACCGGCGCAUUCGACCUUCCCCCAACGCAGCCGCCAGCUCCUGAGCCGCAAGCUGCAGCGCCCGAGGAGCCCCCAGCCUCUCAAGAUGCACCCCCACCGCAGCCCGACCUCACACAUCCCCCUGCGGACAUGACGGAGGAGGAGUGGAAAGCGCAGUACGACGCGUACGUCGCGUCCUGGAAGGCGCAGUCCGCCGAAGCGCGCGAGAAGGCCGAGAAGGAGCGCCAGAAGUGGGAGGAGAUCCGAGCCGCGGAGCGCGCAGCGGGAGGCAGCCAGGCGGAGUCCCUCGCUGCGUCCUCGGCUUGGGAGCAGGUGUCGAAUGCGCAGGCUACGCCAGCGCAGCCGACAGCCGCGUCACCGAGCCCCGCGGAUGUGCGCGACCUGGUGGCGGGCGAGUUCCAGAAGCAGUGGCACGCAACCUCACAAGAGGCCGGCCGCCCCGAAGGCACGUCGCACACUGCACAGCACACCGAGGACGACAACUCGCAAAAAUGGGAGAACGUCCCCUCCGACCUCACCUCGUCCUACCCCUCCAUGACUUUCCCCGAGCUGCACACCGACGCGUCCUCCCCCGCGCACAGGGAACGCGAGGUGCAGGUUCGCUCGGUCUCGUUGGACGUAUUCGAUGCGUCCCUCCCGCCCCGGUCACGCGCUGUCGCAUUGGCUUCCGCGCUCGCGAUCAACCUCUUCCUGCCCUUCGUCAACGGCGUCAUGCUCGGCUUUGGCGAAAUCUUUGCCAAGAACGUCGUCUUCAAGUGGUUCGGGUGGUCAGCACCGGGCUCUACCGCUGCAAACGCGGGUCUCAGGACGCAGAACUCGCCCUUCCGCCGGUAGGGAGGAUUUCAGGCUCAACGGGACAUUGCCGCUACAUGUAGACGACUACUCACUUCUUGAAUGAAUGACCGCGCUUAUGAGGGCCUGAAUGACUUCUGCCUCCCUGGAAACGACUUCACGCGAGCUUGCUCAUAUGGCUCGACCUACGUGAAGACAGUUUCUUCAGGUGCGACCCGGGCCUGGGCCGCCUACCCAUCAAUACCUAACAAGUACUUCUGCAUCGCCCCCUAAGGACUGCUUUUUCCUUCUCUCCAGACAGUGACUACCGGCCUAGGGAGUA